AUGACCCGCAGUCUUCUCUGCCAGAUCAACAAUGUCCAUCAAACUUUGUACUUGGAGGCGAUAGCAUCCCUUAUGCACGAAAACGGAACACGAUGGUUGAAAGCGCGACUAGAGGAUGAUUCACCAUCUCGUUUAAAACCGGCGGACCUUCACGAUGACAUGGUGCCUGAUUUCAUCACAGACGAUAUCAUCAACAAAACGAAGCUCCUCGUUGUCCAGGAAGGCCACUAUCGGGAUCCGUUCUCGUUGCUCAAAGAGGCGGUUUCUGCUGCUAAUCAAAAGGUAAAUGACGACGAAUUGCAAGCGAUAGCAUCCCUUAUGCAUGAAAAUGGAACACGAUGGUUGAAAGCGCGACUAGAGGAUGGCUCACCAUCUCGCUUAAGACCGGCGGACCUCCAGGAUGACAUAGCGGAAGCCAGGCGCAGGGUACGAGAUGAGCUUAUACUACGAGGGGUCCGUGAAGACAAUGCUAGGAAUGUGGCGGACGUGUGGUGUAAUCAAUUUCAAGAUGCGGAGCUGCAAGGCCGCAUCAUGGAGUCAUAUAUUUUCCUGAUUUGGAUCGUGGGCGUGAAUUUCAAGGGUCCGUACCAUCAGGUCGAACACUGGACUGAUCCUUCAAAGCCGGGACCCAUUCCUGACAACUCUAUGCCCAACGACAAAGCCAGCGACCUCAUAUCCAGCAAAUUCCAGCGACCCUCCUGCCACUGGUCUGGCAAAGGUCAGCCUUCUACAUCGGUUAAGCGGGUUUCCGCAACGCAACGCACCUCUGCCAUAAGUGGCGAUGAGGAGUUUGAAAGGCGGAAUGUGAUAGUCCCUGAGUGGGCCAAAAUGGGCUCCCUAGACCUGCGGACUGAGCCUGUGCUGCGCCAGACGGAGAUGAGACCCAAUAUUCUUGAUCGUCCUCCUGGAGGAGGAUACCUGAUUGCUGAUGCAUCAUCCGCCGUGGUACAGGUUCCCAUACCUGGUGAUCUCCUUGACGAGGUAGAAGGAAUUUAUGCACCUCCCAAUCAUCCUGUAUUUGAGCUUGUGCCACCGAUGUUCAAGAGGCAAGCACAGAAUUUCUAUGCUGCACUUGGCAAGCCUCCUGUCUCAUCUGAAUUGUUCUGGGAUGUAUACCAGCUUAUGCAACAACAGUUUGAGGCUCUUGAGAGUGAUCAUAAUUUGACAGUGGAGCUUUCACAGCCAUUCCACCUUGAAGAUGGUCAGGUUUCACUGAUUACGGACCUACAAGAUCUACCUCAUAAUGCUGGCUUGUUGGGACAUGCAGGAUACCUCUACAUGGGAGGCAUGUUCAACCCACCGACUCAUGCUCUUCAUGGAGUUUGUGACUGGGAACCACAAGGGGAGAAACAUGAUAAUGAGGAUGGACCUGAGUAUGCAGAGUUCACUGAUUCUGAUUCUGAAGGAAACCAGGAAGAGGGCACAAAUAGCUAA